AUGCCCGCAUCAAGUUGCAAUUUGGAUGAAGAAGAAUACUUUCAUGGAUUACUUCCGAGAGAAGAUCUACCCUAUCUUUUGGUACAUACAGGCGAUUUCUUGGUUAGAGUCAGUGAGCCGAGAGCUGGUUCACCGAGGCAAAUAAUCAUAUCGGUGGUUAACGAUGAAACACUAGAGAAUAAGAUGAGGCACAUCGUCGUGCAACAAGCACCCAAUGGUAAAUUUCUGACUGAUGCAAGAAAGUCAUUCGAUUCGGUACCUGAACUUGUCGAAUAUUAUCGAAGUAACAAGGAGCCCGUCAUCGCAAAACACGAAGAUGUGGAUCUUGAGAAGAAACUCGGUGAGGGUGCAUUCGGUGAAGUGCAUUCGGGAAAAUAUAAACUGCCGUCCGGAAGGGUUGUGGAUGUUGCUGUUAAACUGGCGAAAACAACGGAGAUGUCCAAAGAAAAAAUCAAAGAAAUGAUGAAAGAAGCACGAUUGAUGCGGAAUUACGAUCAUCCGAAUAUUGUACGAAUGUACGGCGUUGCCGUUGAACAUGAACCUCUUUUGAUCGUUAUGGAAUUAGUAGAAGGUGGAGCGUUAGAUGAGUAUUUAAAAAAGAAUCAAGUAGAUGCAAAAACGAAACUUGAAAAAAUGGUUGUCGGUUCAGCAUGGGGAUUGGAAUAUUUACAUUGGAAGAAUUGCAUACAUCGUGAUAUCGCUGCUAGAAAUUGUCUUUUUUCCAACAAUGGUGUGGUAAAAAUCUCGGAUUUUGGUUUAUCACGAGAAGGUGAUCAAUAUCAUAUGACGAAAGUGAGACGCGUUCCAAUUCGGUGGUUGGCACCGGAAACGAUCCAAUAUUUGGUGUAUACAGCACGUACGGAUGUGUGGAGUUACGGGAUAAUGACCUGGGAGAUAUAUGCGGAUGCGAAGGAGCCUUAUCAGGGGAUGACGAAUGCCGAGGUCAAAGAAAAGGUGAUGAAGGGUUACACAAUGUCGAUGCCUGCAUGUACACAAAAAGAAGUCGCUGAUACUGUCAUUGAAAUGUGUUGGGCACAAAAACCCGAGAACAGAGCAACGAUGUUCGAGGUUUGA